AUGCCUGUUGUAAAUGUUUGUAAACUGGGAACUUGUCCACUCGAAUAUGGAAUGGUACAUUACCAGCCUACUCUUUUUGGAAAUGUAUUCUACCUCGGCAUAUUUGCUGCACUUCUCAUCAUUCACAUCAUCCAGCUAUGUCGUUGGAAAGCAUGGAGUUUUUCGUGCUGCAUGUUCACCGGACUUGUCCUCGAGAUAAUUGGCUAUCUUGGCAGAGUUCAGAUGCAUUAUGAUCCUUUUGCUUCGGAUCCAUUCUUAAUAUACUUGAUAUGCGUGACAAUCGCGCCCGUUUUCUUUACAGCAUCAAUAUAUAUGACAUAUUCUCGCGUAAUUGUCCACUACGGGCCACAUUUGUCGAGAUUUAGCCCCAAGGUCAUCUCUAUCAUUUUCAUGGCUGCCGACUGGAUCGCACUUAUUCUCCAAGCAGCUGGCGGAGCGAUUGCAGACACCGCUGCGACAGGAGCCGGGAUGAACAGUGGGACAAAUAUCUUGGUCGCAGGGCUGAGCUUUCAAUUAUUUGGCUUGAUACUAUACAUGAUUGUAGUUGUAGAGUAUUCCUUCAAAGUAAGAGGGGAGAGAACUCGAAGGCAAGCAGCAAACUGGGCGGCAGGUGAGAGUAAAAUAGGGGGAAGCGAAAGUCAAAUGAGGUAUCUCUGCUAUGGUCUCACUGUGGCAACUGUCCUCAUUCUUAUUCGUUCAAUAUUUCGGGUGGCCGAACUUGCUAAAGGAUUUCAGUCGAAGCUUGCCAAUGAAGAGAUGCCUUUCAUGAUCCUCGAGGGAGCAGUUAUGAUAAUGGCUACCACAAUUAUGACGAUAUUUCACCCCGGGUUAAUUAUCAAAGGGAAAUGGAAAGAAUCCGGCUGGGAAUUGAAGGGAUGGAAGAACGAGCGAAGUUGA